CGAGGAUAUAAUAGUCAUCUUAAAGAAAUGGCCUUUGAAUUCUUCAGGGCCUCUGGCCACUGUCCACCGACGAGGCAAUUAUAUAUAUAUUGAAUCGUGAUUCGUGACAUUUCGCCUCUCUCCAAUUCCCAGAGCUUCACGAUCUGUAUUGCUUCAUAAGUCUCUGCUACACAGCUACUUCUCACUCAAUUCGGCGUGAAUCAAUCCAACUAAAGAUCUGACACAAAAUCACCAAGAAAAUGAUCAAAAUGGACUUCUCUGAUAAAUUCAAGAUCUGGGUAUUGUUAAUCUGUUUGAUAUUUCAAUUGGGUCACGGGUUUUACCUGCCGGGUAGCUACCCUCACAAUUAUGGUGUUGGGGAUUUCUUGUCUGUGAAGGUGAAUUCACUCACUUCAAUUGAUACUGAAAUCCCUUUUAGCUAUUAUAGCUUACCCUUUUGUAAGCCCCCAGAGGGUGUGAAGGACAGUGCUGAAAACCUUGGUGAGCUCCUUAUGGGUGAUAGGAUUGAGAAUUCUCCGUAUAGGUUUAAGAUGUACACCAAUGAGACAGAGAUCUUUCUGUGUCAAACCAAGCCAUUAUCGGGCGAUGAGUUUAAGCUCUUGAAGAAGAGGAUUGAUGAGAUGUAUCAGGUUAAUUUGAUUCUUGAUAAUUUACCCGCCAUUCGAUACACUAGGAAGGAGGGUUUUUUCUUGCGGUGGACAGGGUAUCCGGUUGGAAUUAAGGUUCAAGAUGUGUAUUAUGUAUUUAAUCAUUUGAAAUUUACAGUUCUUGUUCAUAAGUACGAGGAGGCCAAUGUUGCUCGUGUGAUGGGUACUGGGGAUGGAGCCGAGGUGAUCCCAACGGUUGGGAAGUCGGGAUCGGAGAAGCCUGGUUACAUGGUUGUUGGGUUUGAGGUGGUCCCUUGUAGUAUCCAGCACAAUGCCGAGUCACUGAAGAAUUUGAAAAUAUUUGGUACAUUCCCAUCUGCAAUUAAAUGUGAUCCCACCACUGUGGCCAUGCCUAUUAAGGAAAAUGAGCCUCUGGCAUUUACGUAUGAGGUCUCAUUUGUGGAGAGUGACAUUAAGUGGCCAUCAAGAUGGGAUGCUUAUUUGAAGAUGGAGGGAGCGAAAGUCCAUUGGUUCUCAAUUCUCAAUUCCCUUAUGGUGAUCACUUUCUUGGCUGGUAUAGUUCUUGUGAUCUUCUUGAGGACAGUUAGGCGGGAUCUGACUCGCUAUGAAGAACUCGACAAGGAAGCUCAAGCCCAAAUGAAUGAGGAGUUAUCAGGAUGGAAACUUGUCGUGGGAGAUGUUUUCCGCGCUCCAAGCAACCCUUCUCUUUUAUGUGUUUUAGUUGGAGAUGGGGUUCAGAUUCUUGGGAUGGCAGUUGUGACGAUUUUGUUUGCCGCUCUUGGUUUCAUGUCACCGGCUUCUCGUGGAACACUGAUUUCAGGUAUGCUAUUUUUCUACAUGAUACUUGGAAUUGCAGCUGGUUAUGUUGCUGUUCGUAUGUGGAGGACAAUCUUCUGUGGUGAUUCCAAAGGAUGGGUUUCAGUCUCUUGGCGGGUUGCUUGUUUCUUCCCUGGUAUUGCCUUUUUUAUUCUAACCAUUUUGAAUUUCUUAUUGUGGGGUAGUCACAGCACAGGAGCAAUCCCAUUUUCUCUCUUUGUGAUUCUAAUUCUGUUGUGGUUCUGUAUCUCGGUUCCCCUUACCCUUGUUGGUGGUUACUUUGGGGCAAGGGCACCUCAUAUUGAAUUCCCUGUUCGAACCAAUCAAAUCCCCCGGGAAAUCCCAGCUCAAAGAUACCCAUCUUGGCUUUUAGUUCUUGGGGCUGGGACACUCCCAUUCGGUACACUUUUCAUUGAGCUCUUCUUUAUCAUGUCUAGUAUUUGGAUGGGCCGUGUGUACUAUGUUUUCGGAUUCCUCUUCAUUGUCUUGAUCCUUCUUGUUGUGGUUUGUGCGGAAGUGUCUCUAGUUCUAACCUACAUGCAUCUUUGUGUGGAGGACUGGAAAUGGUGGUGGAAAUCCUUCUUUGCAUCUGGUUCAGUUGCCAUAUACAUCUUUCUUUACUCCAUAAACUACCUCGUAUUUGAUCUAAAGAGCUUGAGUGGACCUGUCUCUGCCACUCUUUACUUGGGCUAUUCACUAUUCAUGGUCGUAGCAAUCAUGCUUGCAACGGGCACGGUCGGGUUCCUUUCUUCAUUUUGGUUUGUGCAUUUCGUAUUCUCUUCAGUGAAGCUGGACUGAAGAAUUUCCUUCAACUCGGUUUCAGACUCGGACAAAGGGCAGCUUUUGGGCAUUGGAGAAAUGGACAGCGUCUUUAUAGUUGAUUUGCUUGUGUCACUUGUCUUGAAUAUGCCUAUUUUUUUUCUAGGAAAUUUGGAAAAAUUAAGACAAUUGCUUCAUCCAGUUUUGUUAUAAUUCUUUACUCGAUGGAAAUCUUUGCAUGAUAGUAAAGUUGCAUUCUGGUGGA